UUUCUGGGGAGGCAGCUGCAUCGAAGCCCAGAAUUAGCUACGUCUUCGAACGAGUGCGCUGGAGGCCUUGCACGACUGUGGCUGGCUGUUUGCGGGGUUGUGCUCGCGGUACGGGCCGAGGGAAUGAGACGUCGUUGAUGAUGAGGUAUCGCGAUGAAGCGUGAGAGUGGUUCGUUUGCCGUUCAGUGCUUGUUGCGGCCCGCUAGCAGCACUAGAUGGGCUGAGGCGGUCACAAAACACCAUGUUGGACAGAGUGGUGAUGAUAUUGCCAGAACAGGAUCCUCUCUCCGGCCAAGACGGGGCGACAAGGAGCGGGGUCGGUCAGCCAGCCGCCCGGCAUUUCCUCUCGCGGGCAUUGGAGGGGCGAUUGUAUGCACGCAAUGCUGCGGCUGGGGCCACAAUGCCGACAUGGAGAGCGGGCUGGAGGCUGUGGGCGUGGGUUGGAUGCGGCAUGAGAGAAAAAGUCUGGAGAGGCCUCGGGACGAGCACUCCGGCAGCAAUCUGGAGCGGCAGCGUCGGCUGGUGCACCUCACGACCUGCAACAUGGCUAGAACGGGGUAUUAAAGUUGUUGUCUUGUCAAAUAUCAAUCACUGUAAAUAACAUCAGUUAGGCAAGCAGUAGAUAAGCGCUGAAACGG